AGAGGGGUAUGCGGAUGUUAUCAAACUAUUCCACAAUAUAAAAAGACAAGGUUUUCAUCGUCGGACUCCCCACAAAAACCAAUACCCACUCCCGCAAACUUCGACAGCGCUCUUCCUUUCUUUAAGCUAUGGCAGCACCAUCAAACGAAGUACUUUCGUGGACCAGUCAGGAUCCGCGAGAGAGCCAACUCUUUAACGCCUGGGGUGUUGUCUAUCGUUUUGCGACUGUAGUGGCCCCUAGUGGGCAGAGUACUACUACCCUCUGGCGAGCGGUACGGGCUAACAAGGAAGACCGCGUCGCAAAAUUGGAAUGGGCAUCGAAUGGUGGCCUCGGUCGUGCAGUGAUCGGUAAGAAUACAGUACCGAUGGCCGACUUGGUUCGCCCGGAUCCACGCUUCCCGGGCGCACGCAUAUUCAACGCACCCGAUGGUCUAACAUACCGCUGGCGGCAAACCCCCGGUUCUGCUGAUGUCGUACUGGAAGAUUCCGCUGGAAAUAUCGUUGCAGUCUUCCGCCCCACACGACCAACACGGUAUCAAAUUGGGGAUGUCUAUGGUGAACUCCACUUUCUGCGAAACGCUGGGGCAGCUACCAUCAUGCAUCCCCCAAUCAUGGACACGGUCACGGUGACUGCCAUGCUAUACCGAUUUUGUCAGGCAUUUGGUCUUUGAUGUCAUUUUUAACGCA